AUGGAUGACGAAACGAGCUCAGAUUUACAGAAGUGUUUAUCCGAUGGACCUAUGGAUACGGAUGAAGGCCCCCUAAUAAACGAAAAUUCAAAUGGAUUAUCGCAUUUAUUGACUGAGGGCGAGUUCAGCAGUGUCGAGGCGGCGGUGGACGAGUCAUCAACAUCAAAUCAAGGUUUCCUCAAUGCGGUGGAGCUGUCUGCGGGUAGCGUUGGCGACUACCUGGACAACAACACUGACGGGUUCAACACACAUCCUUUCGAUGUGGGCGAUAACGCGGUCACAUUCCCCAGCGACUCGCUCAAUAACGUGCUCACCGACGGCGACUCACUACUUAGUGAUACAGCGUUUAAGACUCACUCUGAUACUGAUGGUGAUGUUACAGAAAGUCAGAAGGCGACGGUGGAUACUGACUUUGAGGUCAGUCAAAUAUCUGAUGCUGGCAAUUCAAUGCCAGCUGAUGACCUAACACAAACAAAAACAGAUGACAGCAGCAACGCUAGUCUAGUAGAGGUGAAGCCAGAAUCUAAGGCAGAGGAUGAGGCUGGCCAAACUGGUGAUUCUGAUACUACUCCUGCCGUCAAAAGUGAACUACCACCUGUGGAAUCUGAUGAGCAUGCCAAAGUAAAAGAUGAACCAGAUUCAGCUGAAGAUGUGGCCACUAAGGUUGAUGAUGCAACUGUAAAAACUGAACCAGUUGUAAAGUCCGAAAGUGCUACACCUACAAAGAAAUCAAGCAAGGUUGGAGGCGCUGAAGAGACGGAAGUUGUAUCGGAAGAUGAAUUACCUGAGGUACAAAAGCCUAGUAUAAAGGAUGCUGAGAAUGUGUCUGAUGAUGAACUGCCCGGACCCAAGCCAGCUGAACUUCCGGCCGAUACUGAGGUGGUGUCAGAAGAUGAGCUCCCAGCUUCAAAGAAAGAAGUGAAAGAGUCUCGUAAACGUAAAACAGAAGAUGAGCGCGAUGGCUACGACCCUGGCUCGCCUACAUCUGAAAAUGAGUCCUCUUCCAAGAAACAAGCUGUUGCCAAGAAUGGAGAAAGCAAACCAAUUCCAUCAGAAAAACGCGCAUCAAUUGACGAAAAGCCCAAGAAGAAACUACCUGAGCUGGACAAAUACUGGAAAGUCGUCAAUGACGAUCCUACCGACUUCACUGGCUGGACCUACUUACUGCAAUAUGUUGACCAAGAGAGCGACGUGGAGGCAGCUCGCGAAGCAUACGACGCGUUUCUGUCGCACUACCCGUAUUGUUACGGGUACUGGCGGAAGUACGCUGACUACGAAAAACGUAAAGGAAGUAAAAAGAAGUGCCUCGAAGUUUUGGAAAGAGGCCUCAAAGCCAUCCCAUUGUCCGUGGAUCUGUGGAUACAUUUCCUAAACCAUAUAAAGACGACACGUACAGAAGAUCAUGCCUACAUCAGGUCGCAAUAUGAGAGGGCCAUAGAGGCAUGUGGUCUGGAAUUCCGGUCGGAUCGUCUCUGGGAAUCGUACAUCAAAUGGGAGGCUGAGAAUGGGUCGGCUCUCAAUGUUACCAAUAUUUAUGAUCGACUGUUGGCCACUCCCACACUCGGAUAUACUUCACAUUUUGACAACUUCCAGGAGCACGUGAUGUCGGAGCCGGUGGCGGGCGUGGUGUCGCGCGCCGAGCUCGUCAGGCUGCGGGCCGACGUCCGCGCCACUGCCGGGGCCGCGCCGCAGCUAGACCUGCCGCCCGGAGAAGACGAGCCGCUCGAUCACGUCGCAUCUGAAGAAGAGGCUCAGGCCAUCAAGGAACGUAUCAUUGCCGCACGACGUAAGGUACACAAGACCACGGGAGAACAAGUUGCAGCUAGAUGGACCUUCGAAGAAGGCAUAAAACGGCCAUACUUCCACGUGAAGCCAUUGGAAAGGUGUCAACUUAAGAACUGGAAGUCGUACCUGGAGUGGGAGAAGCAGCACGGCUCACUGAAGCGGGCGCUUGUAUUGCAUGAACGGUGUCUCAUUGCCUGUGCGCUGUACGAAGAGUUCUGGAUGCGGCUGAUAAAGUUCUUAGAGGAGAGAGUGGAGACUAACCCAGAGCUGGUGAGCGUGGAGCGCGAGGUAUUGGAGCGAGCCUGCACCGUCCACCACCUGGACAAACCUGACUUACACCUGCACUGGGCGCACUUCGAGGAGGUACACGGAAACGCUGCCAAGGCAGCUGAAAUACUCGACCGGAUCGAGAAGACCUGUCCUAACCUCGUGCAAAUACAAUACAGACGAGUGAACUUGGAACGACGGCGCGGCGACUACGAGAAGUGUGCCCAGCUGUACGAGGGCUACAUCGCGGCCGCCAAGAACAAGGCGGUGUCGUCCGCGCUGGCCAUCAAGUACGCGCGCUUCCUGUUCCACGUGCGCGCGCAGCCCGGCCCGGCGCGCGCCGCGCUCGACGCCGCCAUCCUGCGGGACCCGCUCAACGCCAGGCUGCACGCGCAGAGACUCGACCUGGCUCUGCACUGCCCCAACACACCAUACCAGGAACUAGACGAGUUAGUAUCAUCAUACGAGAAGCAAGAAGGCGCGGAGCCGGAGAUGUGCGCCAUGUUGGCGUGGAAGCGGCGCGAGCUCGCCGAGGAGCUCGGGGACGCGCAGGCCGCGCGCGACGCCACCGCGCAUGCGCGAACACUCGCCAAACAUUUACGCAAGCGCGCGCGCAAGGAUAAACAUGACCCACCGCCACCUCCCAACGCAUGUGUGGAGCCGAAUAAGAAGAAAGAGAACACAACAACGGCCCCCAACAACGCGGCGUCACCCAGCGGCGGCGGCUCGUACUACCAGGCGCCGGCCGCCGCCGCCUCGUACGAGCAACCCUACGCCGCGCCUUACCAGCCCGCCUGGGGAUAUCAACAACCGCCCGGACCCUAUCAACACCAUCCACAUCCAUGGCCGCAGUACCCCAACUACUACUAG